ACUUGACAUAACGAGUGGACCCACCUUUACACCUCGCGCCCGCUUUUCACAAGAUUCGCAACGACCUGGAAUAAAGGCUCAUUUAGCGACUCUUCUAACCAGCGUACUGCGUCUUUUUGUGAAACUUUCCUUCCAGUACCUUCUAUGUAGCUACCGUACAGUGUUUUUUAAAUGUUGGCGAAACGAAGCAAAACAACAGGUGGACACGAGUCGUCUCCUCUUCCCUGAUUUUUCCCGAAACCUGCGCCAACUUGGUUUUGGAUAGACUUUAUCAUCAUUUGACGAGGAUUGUGCCAAAAUCGAAUCACGUCCCUUCUUUUCUGGCAACUUUUGCUCUUCACGGCUGAACAAUUUAAAACAUUUUGGGAGAUUUUACCCGGUUAUUUAUUUACCCGGGCGGUCGUACGAGUCAAAACCGUGAGGUCUACUCUGGAGGUUCGCUGCUGACUGUGGAACUGCCGCAGGUAGUACAGAUGGGAGCCCCACUUGCUAAGGGACUUUCUAUCGUCAUCUUUCUCCUUUCGAAAGUAUCGUGCGACCGAAACCUGCACUUUUGUGGCACGUGGCGGCACGGUGCAUACCCGUUGAGCCUGAACUUCAACAUCUCACUCGGGUGCGGUCAGAUCGGGGUAGCGGCCAACGAGAGCUCCCUGACAGUCCACGGGCAGAUCGCUGCGCAAUGCAGGCGCUCUGGAGUGUACGUACUCAACCACCGGGGACUGAACAAGGACGGAGUGACUGACUUCUGUUUGUACUGGGAGCCACUGCAGGAUCAGCUGAAGUUACAGGUGGGAAAAAGAAAUCUCACCCUUUGUUGGCCCAGCGCCACGCCCAACUCCUGUUGCACGUACAUGUCGUACACAUCCAACGCCCCCGAGGCUGUUUAUGGCAUCGCAAACGGGAGGCUGGAGGGCGAUGUCAUCACCCGAAAAACCCUGACAGCAUACAAGUUUAUUGGGACCGAAGUCAAAUGCGCCACCUUCUGUCCAGAUUGGACCCAUGGACAUGCUCAAGUCAACAUGGCUGACCGUACUCCUGGAGAGCCUCUCUGCACCCUCAGCUCGGAGGUGGAGCUCAAGGAUGACUUCAAUGGCGUAAAUAUCGACUCGAGUAGUGUGGAAGGCGUUACGCCAGAGUCUGCCACCACCAUCCACCUUCCCCCAGCUUUGAAGCAAGCUGCCAAGAACAACAGUAAAGUUGUUUACACCUUCUUCAAAAACAACUCCAUGUUCCAGGAGGAUCUCAAGGAGGUAAAAGUUCUUGACAGUGUGGUGGAAAUCUCCAUUGAGAACGAAGUCAUCCAGAACCUGCCAGAGCCUAUCAGAAUUGGCUUCCAUCAUGAUGUCAUUCCAAAAACACGUUCAAGGACAUGUGUCUCGUGGGACACCAGGAAAGAUCCCAUGAAGGUGAAGUGGUUGAAGGAGGGCUGCAGGACGCAGCAGAAAGGAGCGAAACAUACCGAAUGCCUCUGCGAUCACCUGACCUACUUCACAGUACUGGUGCAACUGGAGCCUCGCCCUGUGCGCCACCUGGUGGCUCUGACUGCAAUUACAUGUCUGGGCUGCGCCGUUUCUUUCAUCAGCGGCAUCGCACUUAUUGUCUUCCUCUGCAGGAGAAGGCGAACUAAGGAUCCGGCCACACCUAUCCACUUGGGUUUAGCCGUGUCUCUUACGUUUCUGCACCUGCUCUUCUUCUUCACUGGCAUUCUGGCCAACGCUGGAGGACAGGAUUUAUGCGUCCUGGUGGGGGCUGGCCUUCAUUACGCCCUACUCAGCGCCUUCUCCUGGAUGGGUAUUGAAGUAUUUCACACAUUCUGGCUGGUCUACGUGGUGUUCAGACCCGCUCCUAACAUCUGCGUGUGGAACCUGCUCGGCUUCGUCCUGCCCGCUGUUCCCGUCAUCAUCCUGGCGGGGGUCGGUGACAUCUACGGCCUAAGGGAGGUAGUGCCAAGUGAGGACCAAGAGAACCCCUUCAAGAUGUGUUGGAUGAAGCUCAACCCCACGGCUUUGCUGGCUCACCACCUCACCAACACCACCGUUUUGGCAAUGCUAGUGUCGGCGGGCUUGGUGAUGCUCAUGCUAGUCUACCGGGAGAUUCGCAACCGGGACGAAUGGCGAAACAACCGCGUGGCCUUCCUCAGCAUCUGGGGACUCAGCUGUCUCUUCGGAACCACCUGGGGUCUCGCUUUCUUCGACUUUGGACCUUUCUCUGACUUUUUCCUCUUCCUCUCUUGCAUCCUCAAUUCUUUCCAAGGUUUCCUACUGAUGCUGAGGUUUUUCAUGCUGGACUGGAUGCGCAAGCACGCAGUGAGGAUGAAAGAAUCCCCCGCCAAGGUUUGCCGUUUGCCCGCGUCACAGUCUACCAUGAGUCAGGAACCUUUGGAGCCUCUUUGUCCAACUUCAUGACUUGAACAAUAUACCAUCGUCACUCAGGUAAUGUAAGCGUCCAAGCCGGCCGGGGCCUGGAAAUCUCCCUUUUGAGAGCACCUAGACUGGAUCUAGUUGUAUAAUUUGUUGAUUUUGUUCACGUUUUUUGACUGUAAGCUGGAAAAAGAAAUGAUUAAGCUUUAUUUGCAGACAGAGAAAAGGUUAUGCACUGGUGUUCUCGCUAGACUGUUUGGUUAAACAUAAAAAUAAAUUAUUAAAAAAAAAAAAAAAAAAAAAAAGCAUUUCUGCUUUUGACUUUAGCAAGCUUUGAUUUAUUUUGAAUGUUUAUUGUGUACAGUUUUCAAGUAGCACUUUAGAUUUUUUUUUUUUUUUUUUAAUGGCACUGCUGGUUCGGGAAAUAUUGUCACAGGCCAAUAAAGAAAAAAUUUUUUGUGGUUGUUAAUACUGGUUUCUGCAAAAUUUCAAGUAAAAUGGAGGAUAACAGCGUGAUUUAUUAAUUAAUUGGCUGCCAUUGAAAGCGAUAGAUGCCCAAUCCAUUUGGACUGGGAUCGCUGCCAACCCUCCCGGUCCAAAUGGAUUGGACGUCUAUCACCGUCAAUUGCUCAGAUGCAUGAGCAUUCACAGACAGUUUAGUUAAUUGUCUAUUGUUAACUCAUUCACCGCCAUCGACGGCAAACGGCAUCCAAUUUCUUUGAACAUUUGAACACUUCAACUAAUUUGAAUCAUUGAUGACUGAUAUGAUUGCUGUUAGUUUUUUAUUUGACGUUAUUUGUUUUAUUACCAUGUUAUUACCAUUUUAAUACUAUGUUAUUACAAUGUAAUACGUAUAUUGGUUUGAAGGCGAUAGAAGUCCAAUCUAUUUGGACUGAGAGGGUGGGCAACGAUUAUUCACUGCCAGUCUCUCCUAGUUCAAAAUGAUUGGAUGUCUAUUACCGUCGUCUAUUACCAUUAUCGCUCUGAUACAUGUGUUUUCACUGCCAGUUUAGCAAUCGGCAACCAAUUCCUUUAAACAUUUGAAAAGUUCAACUAAUUUGGAACACUGAUGACUGAUGGGAUUGCUGUUGUUAUUGUUUCUUUAAUUAGACGUUAAUACAGUUUUAUUACCAUGUUAUUACCGUUUUAAUACCAUGUUACUACAAUGUAAAACUUGUAAAUAUUGGUUUGGAUGUCUGCUGCUGUCAAUGGCACUGAAGUAUAAGCAUUAGUUGUCAGCAGAUGUUUUUGUUUUGUACAUUUUCAAAUGUUUACGAUUGUACAAUUGUUUUCAAGCGUUGUGCUUCAAGUCAAAUCCUUUUUUUUUUUUUACAUUGAAGUCAAUGUGAGCCACCCCCAACCUAGUGAAUUCUGAGCUACUGUGACAUUUGCACUUUUUUCUCCCGUUUUCUCAGCUCUAAUAAAUUGAAGUUUUCCUGUCGUUAGGUGUACAGUAAACGUGUCUAAAAAUAAAUCAUUUUCAUGA